GGGGCGGGCGGGGGGCCCGUUGCCGCAGUGACAGUGCUGGGGGAGUCCGAAGAUGGCGGCGUCGCGUCGCUCUCAGCAUCAUCACCACCAUCAUCAACAACAGCUCCAGCCCGCCCCAGGGGCUUCGGCGCCGCCGCCCCCACCUCCCCCACCACUCAGCCCCGGCCUGGCCCCGGGGACCACCCCAGCCUCCCCCACCGCCGGCGGCCUGGCCCCCUUUGCCUCCCCGCGGCACGGCCUAUCACUGCCGGAGGGGGAUGGCAGUCGGGAUCCGCCCGACAGGCCCCGAUCCCCGGACCCGGUUGACAGUACCAGCUGUUGCAAUCCCACCAGUACAAUCUGUACUGUUGCCGCCGCUACCGUGGUCCCGGCAGUUUCUACUUCAUCUGCCGUUGGGGUCGCUCCCAACCCAGCCGGCGGUGGCAGUAAUAAUUCACCGUCGUCCUCUUCUUCCCCGACUUCUUCAUCAUCUUCCUCUCCAUCCUCCCCUGGAUCAAGCUUGGCGGAGAGCCCCGAGGCGGCCGGAGUUAGCGCCACAACAUUGGGGUCUGGAACAGCUGGACCUGGGACAGGGGUCCCGGCAGUGAGUGGGGCCCUACGGGAACUGCUGGAGGCCUGUCGAAAUGGGGACGUGUCCCGGGUAAAGAGGUUGGUGGACGCGGCAAACGUAAAUGCAAAGGACAUGGCCGGCCGGAAGUCUUCUCCUUUGCACUUCGCUGCAGGAUUUGGACGGAAAGAUGUUGUAGAACACUUAUUGCAGAUGGGUGCUAAUGUCCACGCGCGCGAUGAUGGUGGUCUCAUCCCCCUUCAUAAUGCCUGUUCCUUUGGUCAUGCUGAAGUAGUGAGUCUGUUACUGUGCCAAGGAGCUGAUCCAAAUGCCAGGGACAACUGGAACUAUACUCCUCUGCAUGAAGCUGCUAUUAAAGGGAAAAUCGAUGUGUGUAUUGUGCUGCUGCAGCACGGAGCUGAUCCCAACAUCCGGAACACCGAUGGGAAAUCAGCCCUGGACCUGGCAGAUCCCUCAGCAAAAGCUGUCCUCACAGGUGAAUACAAGAAAGACGAACUCCUAGAAGCUGCUAGGAGUGGUAAUGAAGAAAAACUAAUGGCUUUACUGACUCCUCUAAAUGUGAAUUGCCAUGCCAGCGAUGGGCGAAAGUCCACGCCUUUGCAUCUAGCGGCGGGCUACAACCGAGUUCGCAUCGUGCAGCUGCUGCUUCAGCACGGUGCCGAUGUUCACGCCAAGGACAAAGGUGGACUUGUGCCUCUCCAUAAUGCCUGUUCAUAUGGACAUUAUGAAGUCACAGAACUGCUACUCAAGCAUGGAGCUUGCGUUAAUGCUAUGGAUCUCUGGCAGUUUACUCCGCUACAUGAGGCCGCUUCCAAAAAUCGUGUAGAAGUCUGCUCUUUGUUACUUAGCCACGGUGCUGACCCUACAUUAGUCAACUGUCAUGGCAAAAGUGCUGUGGAUAUGGCUCCAACUCCUGAGCUCCGGGAGAGAUUGACAUAUGAAUUCAAAGGUCAUUCUUUACUACAAGCAGCCCGAGAAGCAGAUCUAGCCAAAGUUAAAAAAACGCUUGCUUUGGAAAUCAUUAAUUUCAAACAACCACAGUCCCAUGAAACAGCACUGCACUGUGCUGUGGCCUCCCUGCAUCCCAAACGAAAACAAGUUACAGAACUGUUGCUUAGAAAAGGAGCAAACGUUAAUGAAAAAAAUAAAGAUUUCAUGACCCCCCUGCAUGUCGCAGCAGAAAGAGCUCACAACGACGUCAUGGAAGUUCUGCAUAAGCACGGAGCCAAGAUGAAUGCACUGGAUACCCUUGGUCAGACUGCUUUGCACCGAGCUGCCCUAGCAGGUCACCUGCAGACCUGCCGCCUCCUGCUGAGCUAUGGCUCUGAUCCCUCCAUCAUCUCCUUACAAGGCUUUACGGCUGCGCAAAUGGGAAAUGAGGCAGUGCAGCAGAUUCUGAGUGAGAGUACACCUGUACGUACUUCUGAUGUUGAUUAUCGACUCUUGGAGGCCUCUAAAGCUGGAGACUUGGAAACUGUGAAGCAACUUUGCAGCCCUCAGAAUGUGAAUUGCAGGGAUUUAGAGGGCCGACACUCCACCCCGCUGCACUUCGCGGCAGGCUAUAACCGCGUGUCUGUCGUGGAGUACCUUUUACACCACGGUGCCGACGUCCAUGCCAAAGACAAAGGCGGCUUGGUGCCCCUUCAUAAUGCCUGUUCAUAUGGACACUAUGAGGUAGCUGAGCUUUUAGUAAGGCACGGGGCUUCUGUCAAUGUGGCCGACUUGUGGAAAUUCACUCCUCUACAUGAAGCAGCAGCUAAAGGAAAAUACGAAAUCUGCAAGCUCCUUUUAAAACAUGGAGCAGAUCCAACUAAAAAGAACAGAGAUGGAAAUACACCUCUGGAUUUGGUCAAAGAAGGAGACACGGACAUUCAGGACUUACUGAGAGGGGAUGCUGCCUUGUUGGAUGCUGCCAAAAAGGGCUGCCUGGCAAGAGUGCAGAAGCUCUGCACCCCAGAGAAUAUCAACUGCAGAGACACCCAGGGCAGAAACUCAACUCCUCUGCACCUGGCAGCAGGCUACAACAACCUGGAAGUAGCUGAAUACCUCCUAGAGCACGGAGCAGAUGUUAAUGCCCAGGACAAGGGUGGUUUAAUUCCUCUUCAUAAUGCAGCAUCUUACGGGCAUGUCGACAUCGCGGCAUUACUGAUAAAGUACAACACAUGCGUGAAUGCAACGGACAAGUGGGCCUUCACUCCUCUCCAUGAAGCAGCCCAAAAGGGAAGGACACAGCUGUGCGCCCUUCUCCUGGCGCACGGUGCAGAUCCAACAAUGAAGAACCAAGAAGGUCAGACACCUUUAGACCUGGCAACAGCUGACGAUAUCAGAGCGCUGCUGAUAGAUGCCAUGCCCCCAGAGGCCUUACCUACCUGUUUUAAACCUCAAGCUACUGUAGUGAGUGCUGCUUUGAUCUCACCAGCAUCCACCCCGUCCUGCCUCUCUGCGGCUAGCAGCAUAGAUAACCUCACCGGCCCCUUAGCAGAGUUGGCAGUAGGAGGAACCUCCAACGCAGGGGACGGUGCAGCCGGAGCAGAAAGGAAGGAAGGAGAAGUUGCGGGUCUUGACAUGAAUAUCAGCCAAUUCCUAAAAAGCCUUGGCCUUGAACACCUUCGGGAUAUCUUUGAAACAGAACAGAUUACAUUAGAUGUGUUAGCUGAUAUGGGUCAUGAAGAAUUGAAAGAAAUAGGCAUCAAUGCAUACGGGCACCGCCACAAAUUAAUUAAAGGAGUGGAAAGACUUCUAGGUGGACAACAAGGCACCAAUCCUUAUUUGACUUUUCACUGUGUUAAUCAGGGAACUAUUUUGCUGGAUCUUGCUCCUGAAGAUAAAGAGUAUCAGUCAGUAGAAGAAGAGAUGCAAAGUACAAUUCGGGAACAUAGAGAUGGUGGUAAUGCUGGUGGCAUCUUCAACAGAUACAAUGUCAUUCGAAUUCAGAAAGUCGUCAACAAGAAGUUGAGAGAGCGAUUCUGUCACAGACAGAAGGAAGUGUCUGAGGAGAACCACAACCACCACAACGAGCGCAUGCUGUUUCACGGGUCUCCUUUCAUUAAUGCCAUUAUUCACAAAGGGUUUGAUGAGAGACAUGCAUACAUAGGAGGAAUGUUUGGAGCUGGGAUUUAUUUUGCUGAAAACUCCUCGAAAAGCAACCAGUAUGUUUAUGGAAUUGGAGGAGGAACAGGCUGCCCUACACACAAAGACAGGUCAUGUUAUAUAUGUCACAGACAAAUGCUUUUCUGUAGAGUAACCCUUGGAAAAUCCUUUCUGCAAUUUAGCACCAUGAAAAUGGCUCAUGCUCCUCCAGGACAUCACUCAGUCAUUGGCAGACCCAGUGUCAAUGGGCUAGCAUAUGCCGAGUAUGUCAUAUACAGAGGAGAACAGGCCUACCCAGAGUAUCUCAUCACAUACCAGAUCGUGAAGCCGGAAGCUCCUUCACAGACCGCCACAGCCGCAGAGCAGAAGACCUAGUGAAGGCCUACUGGUAAAAGCCAGAUCGGAUUUAAACCUGGGACUGGAUUACAGUGGAUUGUUUCCAACAAAAGAAAUCAAUAUCCCAUAAAUCCCUGACAGCCUAGAAAUAAGCUGUUUGUCCUUUAUGAAGCAUUGCUAUCGUGAUGGAUACAGUAUGAGUAAUUGAUACACACUCAACUGCUACUGUUCCCUUUGAGGAAAUGUUUACAGGGGCGGCCUUUAACAUAUCUCAGGCUCAUUUUCAUCACAGUUAUCCAUUUCUAAAACAAGAUCACUUUGAUUUUAGACUUAGAAAUGGAGGGAAAGAAACAUAACCAGUGCUCUCUCCCACGUUCACGGUUCACACACUACAUUUGCUUUGUUACGCGUGGCACACGUGUAUAACAAAUACACAUGUCGUUGUUUUAUUUUUUGCAAACAUGCAUUGGCUUUCGUUUUUGGGUCACUAUGAAAAUGAGCCAAGAGCCUUCUUGAUAUUUUGCACAAAGUCGCAUUAACAAAAAUCAUUAGGAAUGCAGCCCAAGCUUCUCGCUAAACAAGAUGCAGUUUCCACUUUUUUGAAACGCGCAUUUGGUUUUAUUUUGUGUCUGUAUUUCUCAUUAACAUAAGUGAAGGUAAAAAAGAAAAACAGCAAGUUUUGGUGUCCUCUUAUGAAUUGGCCCAUCUUAUAAGGGAAAGGCACAACUUAGGAGCUCCAAAGUUCAGAGAAUUAAAAGCCAGAGAGGGCCACUUGCUCCUUCUGACACAGCCUGCUGCAGAGGUGUUCAGGACAGUGUUGGAACGCCAAGACCCAGUCGGCCAGGGAAACCGACCAGGGAGGCCACAAGGGAGGCGCGGCGGCAUUAGGGGAUGUGAGGAGCACAUGACUGUGUCAUUGCAGCCCAGAUGGAUCAAGAGACUCCUCGGAAAGUAAACAUCCAUACCACUGGAAUUGUCACUCCCCCUCCCUGCCCCAAAUUAGCUGCCUUAUUUCCAAAGUCAGUGGAAUUAUUGUACUUCAUUAAAGUCAUAAAAAUAGUACUUUGUUCCUUUAGUUUAGAAAGCUGGGAUUCAGAUCCUGUUCAUUGGACAGCUGUAUACAAAUGCAAAAACUUUUUUGUUUACGCCUGAUUUGGGGUUUAUUUUGAGUGACAUGCUUCAAAUAGUUUAUAAAGAUUCGUGUAUAAAGUUUUGAAACAUUUCCUCAAGCUUCUUCUUCUUGUUUAGACAAGGAGGGAAAAGAGUCGAAGCCAAAGCCCUUUCAGUUAUUUUUGUCGAUGAAGGGGAUAAGGAAAUACCGUACUGUUUUAUUUGUGAAAUUCCUGCUUGUUUGAAUCCGCAUUUGUCAAGUGCACAUUGACACUUACAAAAAAUUCUCCAUCACAGUUCUCACGCUUGCCCUGUUGAAUUGAGUGUAUUCAUUUAUUUACUUGACAUGCUAUGCAUCUACUCUGUUUAGAAGCAAAAAUAACAUAGACAGGGUGGAAAAAUAGGAGAAACACACAAACUUGACAUUUCAACUUAAAGAGCUGAAAACUAAUUUGGGUUUUGUUGGUUGGGUUUUGUUUUGUUUUGUUUUUUAAUUUAGGCUGAUUAAGCUGUGAUCACCCUUAAUUUCCUGAAGUGAAACAAAAUGGUUACAUGAAAUUUUCUAGAAAUAGGCUCUUAAAAUAUAUAUUUAGCUUUCCUUUUUGGCUUGAAUUCACCGCUAGAACUAGGCAUCCAGACUAGGUUGAAUUUUGUAGCUGAAUCUUGCAUGGGUCCUCCAAAUUAAAUCAAGAAUCAGCCUCAAUUGUUUCUUCUAUUGAAGUUUCAGUGAUCCAAGCUGGGUGUUUGUGUUCUGGCUACUGGUUUAAUAGCACUAGAAAUCCAUAUGAAGCUUUGAAACCUGAUAUUCACUAAGUGGGCUUUUUUUUUUCUCUCUUGUUUUUGCUGUGUGUAACAAAGGGUUGAAGAAGUUGCCAUCUGUGUAGUUCACGGUAGCCAUGAAGUAUGCAUUACUCACGCCCCUCCCCAGACAUAGUUGAAUAUGGUAAACACGGUUGUGAUUUUCAGUUAAGUAAAAAGGUUCAUAUGGCUAGAUAUGGAAAGCUUUAUAGCUUCAUUAAAAAGAUAAACCACUACCCAGCUGUGGCUGUACGUUGUUUCCAUCAUACUAACUAGAUGAAUGGAUGUGCCAGUUUUAAACUUGGGCCUUACACUUGAGAAGUUAAACUGUGGUUCAGUCUUUAACUGCCAACAUGAUGUGUCUGAUGUUCUGUGUGCUGAGUAAAGGUGCUGUGUUAGGAAGACACUUGUGGUGCUUUUUCUCUUACAAUGGUUGACGUGUAUGGUAGUCCUUGAAAGAAUGUGUGUGUAUUAUUCAUCUGCCUAAGACUGGGUUAAUGGAUAUAUCAAAAGAGCCAAAUGCAUUUUUUUUUUCAGGAUUUGAAAACCAAAGGUCACCAUGAGUGCACUCAAAAGUUAGCAAAAGUUGAUUACGUUUGGAAGUUUCCUAGCAAUGUGAAGUACCCUUUGCAAUAUAAAAGCGUGGCAUUAAAUUAGGGUGAAAUUCAUUUACUGUUUUGUAUAUGUGCUGUGUGGAAACACUAGCAAGUUGGGAACUUGAGUACAGCCUCCCUGAUGUGGCCCCUCAGCUUCCCACAUCACAUAAAUGGGAAUCUGAGCAUCUCUGCCAGCUUGACUGCAGUCACAAAGCCAAAGGGCUUCUCUAGACCUGAUGGCUCCAGUUUGCCAGGCAUUAGCCAACUGGAUACUUGUGUCAGGUGUAAACUAAUGUGCCCUAGAUGAGACACUUUCUCCUUGGACUUGACCCCCUGCCCUUUACCCCAGAUUGCUGGUCUGGAAUUUAAAUUAGCUCUGACAGUGACCUUGGACGCCACUUUCCUCCUUUCUCCAUCUUGGGCCUUACAAAAGGAGACAAGGUCCCUCUCCAGUUUCCUGUCACAACCCCAGAUGGGUAUCAGGCCUCCCGCUCUUUGCUCAGAAGAUGCCGCCACCUUGUUGACAAAUGAUAACAUGGAACCCAGAGGUUUAAUUCUAUGCAAAAUAAUAGCAGCACAACCAGGAUUCUUAUUUUCCUUUUCCUUCUUGGAGUUUGGAAUUCCUAGCUUUUCACGCAACAUGGGUUUAUAAAUAAACACUAUUAGGAUGUUUUCCUGUACUAGGCAGUGGCUGGACUGAAGUGUAUUGAAAUAUACAGAGAAAUACCUGUUUGGGCAAGCAAAUAAAGUAAAACAGGUUAACAUUGUCUUGUUAUAGCUGUUACACAAAAAGUACAAUUUUGACGGAUGCUGGAAAGCAGCGUUAGAAUGCAAUAAGCUGUCCAGGUGUGUCUGCAUUUCAGUGUGUCAGUUGCACAAAGGGUUACUGGACAUUGCUCCCUCUCCCUGUCUGGAUUCCUAUAAACGGCCUUGCAAACAGAAGUGUGUAUUUUCCCCUUUCCCCCGGGGUGCUCACACCCCAUCUGUGCGGAUAUGUGACAACUCGCCUCCUCACCGUGUUUUCUCCUGGACUCAUUAUCUUGCAUAGCUCUAUAGACUUUACUCAUUCAGCAGCCUCUCACAACUGACAUUAAAAUAGGAUUUCAUGCGUCAGAAAUGUAUUUAAGGACUGAAAUUAAAUUUGUUUGAUGUCAAAUCAAGACAGAGAAAUGAAAAGAAAGUAAUUGGGGACGUAAUAUUUGAGCUAUUGUUAGACCCAUGUAGCGCAGGAAAAGGGAAUAAAUACCCCUCGCAAAGGCGAGACUUCUGCAGAUCACUUGCGUAUUCCGCAAUGAAUAGAUAAUUAAAUUCUCCUUCCGAAGAAAGCCUUAACUAUGGCAGAAACUUUUAACCUUUUAUGUGUUAACAAAUAAGACCUUGUCGUUCCAUUUCCUGCUGUCUGAAAAGGGUCAGUGAGUGCAGUAUUUCAUACUUGUUAAGCUUCUUUUACGAGGGUGUAUUUCAGAAGUAAUAUUCUCAUACCUGCAACAGGGCUAGGAAGAGUCAAUCUUUUCCAGUUUCUAUAUAUCUAAAAUUCCUCCGCUAGAGGAAUUCUGGUUUGGCAGUUCUAGAAAGAGUUCAAACCCUGUGAAGUUGUGUAUGUGAGAACACAGCAACAACUGUCACUAACAGGGAAAAUUAGGUUGAUAGGAAAGCUGUUUUUUAGUCAUUUUAAAAUACAAAUAUAGUGUGAUAUUAAAAGUGAAAACAUUUAGGAAGCUUAAGAUUUCAUAUACUCUGUAAGACCAAGCAUGGUCCUGGUGUGACCAAUUUUAUAAGUCAGCCAGAGAGUUCUGCCUCCUUUGAAAUAACAUUUAUAUGGUAAAGACGAUUAUGAUGGCAUUUUUUGACUUUCUUUUCAUCACUUUCUCUUUUCUGUUUUCUACAUUACUCUUCCACACCUGCCCUGCCACCCAUUCUUUCAAAGACAGUCUCUCCUGCUUCAGAACUUAGGAUGUUGGGUUAGAUUUUAUCUGUCUACCCGUUUCUCCUGCAGCCCUACAGUCACAGGGAAACUUUGGACUCUGGCAGUAGGAUGGCCCUCUCCCACCUCCGUGCCCCUCCCAAAGUUCAGGAUAAAGAGCUAAGAUGAUAAAAGUGGCAAAGUUAGGAAGGAACGGAAAUCUUUGAAGCCUAGAAGAUGACCUUGACUAGGUAGCCCGUUGUAUUGUACUCGACCCAACACAUGAAACUCUUCAACUGCGUCUAAUACCUGCUUCUGCUCCCAUUGUUUCCAGCUCAUCUUAUCUUUGUGGUGGUAAUAUUUGUCUUUGAUACUUACGAACAAAAAAGGUACUUUUAUCAAUACAUGUCUCAAAAACAUUUACAAAACCAGCUUUGAGGAAAUGGGGACUGUUUGCUGGUAACAGCAUUUGAAGUGGCAACUGUGUUUUCUCACUGUGAUGUUGGUCUGUGUAAGUAACCAGUGUGGUGACUCUUCGGUUCACUGUUGGUGUUGUUUUUCUUUUUAGUCUCUGUGUGACCCACCACCGGUGACAGGGGGUUCCAGUCCCCUCCCCUUUCUUCUUUGCAUCUGUCUAUUUGUAGGAUUGUCAGAUGAAAUACAGGAUGCCCCGUUAGAUGUGAAUUUCAGAUAACAGUUUUCAGCGUAAGUAUGUUUCAUGCAGUAUCUGACACAUACUUAAGUGAAAGCCUUCAUUAUUUGAAAUUCAAAUGGAACUGAGCAUCCUUGGUUUUUGCUUUGUUUUGUUUUUCUAAAUCUGGCGAUCCUGAUUUGUUCAUGAAAAAUCACUUUAUAGCAUGUAAAUUCUUCUGGCUUCACCUUUCACCUGAAAUAGAAGUCCUUUUUUCCCUCACCUUCUACUUCGUUCCAAAAGAGGGCAUCAAGGAACUUAACCUGCCUGCACGGUGGGUUUCUAUUUAAGAGAUUUUUGUGAUUAUAUUUAACCUGUAAUUGUGCUUUGGCUUAAUGUCUAACUUACACUACUUGUAAUUGAUUAAUAUUCAAUAAAAACAUUUUUAAAGUA